UUUUCAUAACUUUAGGCAACUGCAGAGCCUUGGGAAGUCAUACAAAUUUCUAAAUAUAUAAAAUCCCUUAUCAUAUUGCGCAAAGUUCUCAUCAAUCAGAAUGCAAACGGCUGCCGAGCAGUUAUUCACUUGCGGCUUCGAAGUCUUCGGCGAGGUGCAGGGCGUUCGCAUGCGCAAGGCGACCCGCUCUCUGGCCCUGCUGAACGGGGUGCGCGGCUGGGUGAUGAACACGGAUCGUGGCACUGUGAUUGGCGAGCUGGAAGGCACGCUGCCCAAGCUCAACACGGUCAAGUUCUGGCUGCUCUGCUACGGCAGCGAGAAGGCGGUCAUUGAGCGAGCGACUUUCACGCCCACCCGGGAGAUUCCGGUGCACAGCUUCGACAACUUCACCAUACGUUAUCAUGCGUCGGAUCGCAGGCUGUCUGUGAUCUAAGCAGAGAUCGGCCAGGUGUAUUCUGCUGUACGGUUUUUGGCGUUGACGAAAUUCAAAUUCAUUGUUAAUCGUUACUUUAUUUGUGUCUGUGUAUGUGUAUUGGGAUUACAAUUAAAACCUGCUUUAGAUCCUGAGUAGCUCGGACAACCCCCACCUCCUGCUCUUAGCGUCAUUUAUUAAACUGCCAGUUACUAAUUAAGUAUCUAGCUAUGUUUGUGUGUGUAUAUCAAGCUGGACAGACACCUGCAGCCUCUGGCUGUGCCGCAUUUCCAGUUGAGCGCCUGGCAAUGAGUUUUUACGAGC